AAAAAAGGUAAUAAAAAGUGUUUUUCUUUUGACCUUGUUAGCUUUUGAUUCGGAGUAUCCGACUAAGCCUCAAUGGCUUGUUUAAGUCCAUUCGGUGGAGCUUAGUUGUCCUCCAGUAUGGGCGCUUGUGUGUUUGUUUGUUUUUGCAGGGGCACAUAGUUUUCCCUUGACCAUGCAAGCAUCCAUCCAUUAUGAUUCAAUCUCGUGAUGUGGCGCAUGCGACAGGUGGAGCGAUCUUGGAAGAGAUUUGUUUGGCUGCUCCAUCAUUUGCUUUCUUUUUUUUGCAUUUGUACUCCUAGGUGUACAAUAGAGCUGCCCAUUUUGUAGCUUUUAUGGCUCUUUCAUCGACAGUUCGAGUAGUUGUCGACUGUCGCGUUUGAUUGCUAAGUGUCCUGUAAUAUCUAUACUUUACCCUAUCUAUGAAAAAAAAAAAAAAAAAGUUGGUGGUUAAUUGACAAUGAGAUGGUUUAUAGUUAACAGGUUGGCAGUUUUUAACCGCGCGCACAGAACAAACCUCAUCAUCUCAAAAACUCUUUUCCCCCUUUAAUUUCGUGCUGUGUUUUCUUUAACCAAACAAAAAGCAAUCCAAAGCCAAGCCCAAGGAAGAGAGAGAGAGAAGGAAAGAGGGGCAUCCGAAUAAUCCGCGAGCUAGCCACUUGUAUAUUCCCUCUUUCUUUCUCCUCCUCUUCUUCUUCUUCUGUUCCCCUUUCCCUUCUCCGACCGUCUUCCUUCCUCCUCCCUUUUUUGACCAACCGGAAGUCAACCUCAAUUCCUCCCCUUCCUCCGCCUCCUCCUCCGCCUCCUUCCGCCGCUCAGGUACGCCCUUCCGAUCCAUCGCCUCCGAUUUCCCUGCAAUCAUCCAUCUCUUCCUGCUAUCAAUUCUCCCUCCCUCCCUCUCUCUCUCUUCCUCCUUUGUUUUGUUUCGCCGUUUCCUGCUUGAAUUCGCACGCAUCAUAUACCGUUUUCUUGCGGUCAUCGUCUUGAUUAUUGCGCUUAAUCGGGUGAAAAUCAUUGGGCUAAGGUUCGGAGCUUUUGGUGUUCGUUUUGAUGAGCUCGGAUGCUUCUGAUUAGACUAAUUUGGUUCCCUACCUAUGGCAUAGAUCUUACCUUGAUGCUGGGGAAACGCUGGGAUUCGGUUUCUUUCGGCUUUGUUUUAUUGUUAUUUUCGCUCUGGUAGGGGAGAAGAGAGAAGAAGGGGCGGGGGUUGGGGAGCUGGGAGAGAGUACAUUGUUCCGAUUCGAUUUCAACGUUUCAAAUUCAUCCCCCGGUACUAGGAAGAACCAUGAUGAUCUCUGGAUUUGGCAUUUGAUGAACUCUGUCCAGCCCUGUGUUUGUGAGGGAAUUGUUAGGGCUUUGCAUGCAUGUGCAAAUGAGAUUACAUAGAACUAAGAAUUUGUGCUUACUGAGAUGCUGGGGACUCGUUGCUUGUGACGCAUUUAUGGUAAAAAUGUUGGUACAGAAGGGAGAAAAUGUGUACUGUUGUUAUUGUUUGGGAGAUUCAACAUAGGGUGAAGCUCCUGUUCAAGAUCUGCUCGCUAUAGAUAUCUUGCUGCUUUCCUUAUUUGGACGUGUUAAAGCUUUCUUGACUGAAAGUUAUGCACAGGUGGUGCUGUGAGACUGGUUUCUUGUCUGGGACGAACAAAUUUAGAUUAAUUUGGGGUUCCCUUUUUCAGAUUUUUUAGAUUUUAUUAUGCGCUCUCCAAAAAAAAUUUCUUAUUGAACUUCAGAAAUCUAUAAAUUGUUGCCACAGGAUUCCUGCUUGUAUAGCUGUUCCUGAACACUUGGUAUCUGGUUACGUUAUCUCCAUUGUUACUGUUUUUGUUAUGUUGAUUAUAUUUGAGCUACAAUGAAGGCCGGCUCUCUUUGUGAUCAUUGUUUUAUGCUCUUCUUAGUUUAAGUGACAUUUUGGGUCUUCAAGGUACUGUAAAUACCAGUAUUCCCCUUAUGGAAGUAACAUCAAGUUCAGAUUUGACGUCUUAGUCUCUCAUGCAGUCAUAUAAUCCUAGAAUUUUUUUUAGCUUCGUUUCUCAGGAUAAGUUCUGCAGCAUAAUCAGACUCUGGCAAUCUUGUUUCAAGUUCUAGCAAACUGUGAAAUGUGGAGAUAAAUGAACUUUUUGCUCUCGAAGUGCCUCUUUGUUUCUUGCUCUUUGAAAUAACCGUGAAACAGUCAGAUAUUGAACAUGGUUUGGGCAUUGGUUGUUGCAAUGAAACAAGAGGAGACUGAAAAGCAAAUGAACCAUCAUGUGUGCAAUGAAUUUCCCCUGAACACCUCCGUAUGUCUUCUUGUGCUUCAUAAUUCUACAGAGCCUGGACUGUGGUUUUAGAGAUAGUCACAUGUGACACUCCCUAAGAACUUAGUUGUGGAUAAGUUUUCAUCUUUAUGUUUAGCUUCUAUUUCAUGAUUUAUUUAGCUAUAUUUGUGCAUUCAAAGUAACAACAAUCAUGAAACAGCAUCCUCUGUAAACGCAACGAUGGACUUUAUUUGGGUUUCCUUUUGCUUGUAGGUUGGAUUGCAUUGAGCACUCGGACUUGAAGACAUCAGUUUAUGUGAAGGCCAAUGGGGGACAGACACUUCUCAAACACAUCAAAUUUCUUUGAGAGAGAUAGGGGAUGGGGCGAAAGAGAUGUAGCUGCUGGAAGGUCCUUUUUAUAUGCAGGAAGGGCUGUCACUCCUGAAAGCGUUUCUUAUGUAUACCCAUCUGGUAACAUCCUGACAAGUGGACUCAACUGUGCCUCUCAGCAUACCUGGGGAAGCGGAUCAGUUGAGCAUUCGUCGACAAAUAGGUUAGAAGGUGGUCCACAAGUUCAUGGGCACCACUCUGCCUCACAUGAUACCUUGCCUCAGUUUGCAAGUGAGGGAAGCUUUCCUCUGGAACCCGAGGUUAAUGCUACCAGUGGCCCUAAUCAUUAUAAUGGUCAGAUUAUGCACGAAGUCAAUGGUGGUUUGGUAGAUUAUACGACGGCCACAGGGAGAGGCCGUUCGAAAAGGAAAAUUCCUAGCUUUAUUCCACCAUGCGAAUUGGGUAGCACUCCAGUAUUUUAUGGCGCAGGAAGUUCCUCUUCCCAGCCAAACGGGCUUCAGCUGGGUAGCACGCCUUCAGAUUAUAGUAGACCUUUCCCUUCCAACUCGUUUCACUUGCCUCCUCCACAUGGUGUUGGCAGUUUGACAAUUGGAGGUGAAGACUCUGGGAGUAACCCGAGAAGCAGACCUGUAGUUGAUUCGGAGCCUAACCCAAGCAGAAGCUAUUUUCAAAAUUACACCCCUGGUCCAAAUGGUCCAACCUCUCACCUUCCAAACCAUGGGACAAUGAAUGUCCAUAGCAUAAAUAACAAUCCACCUGCUUAUGGGCAGAGUCAUAUUGGCAUUUCUCCAGCCGCUCAAGCUGGGUUUCAACAAGUAUCAGCAAAUAACACCAUGGGCCAUGAGAUAAGUCCAUAUUAUGCUGGAGGAGGGAAUGCAGCAGAUGCUAGUAGGUAUCAGCACCACCUCCAUGAAUCCAUCUUGAGCAGAAAUCCCAUUUCACCUCCACAGUAUUUUCAUGGUCUACCUGCCCUUGCUGUAAAUGAGGAUCAUGCAAACUACUAUCAAAGAGCCUUACCUAGUUCCCAGAGAACUAAUGUAAUAUCCUUGCACACGGGGCAAGGUGCAGCAACAACAGCAAUUUCGGGAAUGAGUCAUCAGCCAAUUGUUUCAGAAAGUUAUCCUUCGAGAUUUGCUAGACCCUUUCUAACCAGAGGCUGGCAUCACAACAACCAUAGGGAAGGAAGGUCCAGCAGGAUGCUCGAGAGAUUGCACUUACACACAAAUGCUGUUGAUUCACAAGACAGAAUGGGGGGCGAGCCUUUCAUGGUGUUUGAUGGCUCAUAUUUAUAUGGUUCCAGAAACAUGUAUGAUCAAUAUGGGGACAUGAGGUUAGACGUGGACAACAUGAGCUAUGAGGAGCUACUUGCCUUAGGAGAUAGCAUAGGGAACGUCAACACUGGGUUAUCUGAAAACGUGGUAUCAAACUGCUUGUUGGAGAAGAAGUACUCGAGUUCAGACAUAAACGCAGAAGAGACAUGUUCUAUCUGCCUCGAAGAGUACAAGAAGACGAGCAGGAUUGGGAAGUUGAAAAAAUGUGGGCACAACUAUCACAUAGGCUGCAUCAAGAAGUGGCUGUCUAUGAAGAACUCCUGCCCCAUCUGCAAAGGACCAGCAGCCCAUCUAGCCGGUCCGGAUCAAGAAUGACGUCGGCUGGCCCCGGUCUCAUGCAGAGAUAAUAAUCCUUCUUAUCUUAGUAAUUGUUUGUAAAUAUGUUGCACAGACAGAUAUGGGGAUUUGAAAUCAACUCUUUCCUCCUCUCAGUCCAUAAUUUGAUUACAUUCUUGAAACAGAACGAUAUCCCGCUUGUAUAUGUAGGAGUAGAUGUGCACUGAAAACGGGUCCAAAAAGCUAUUCCAGAGCUUUUUUUAAUUACCUCUUGGGACAACUGCUGCUGCUGCUCAGUGGCUACUAGACCCCAACAAGGAAACAUGUUCUGUUUGUUGUGUUGAUGGCAGUUUUUUUUGUAAGUAAAAAUGUUUGAGUUCCCUUGUACAAGAUAGAAAGAAGGGAUCUGCAUUGAUAUUUGGUAGAUGUACAAUAAAGCUUCUGCUGCUUCGUAUGGGGCGGCUUGUCGGCGGUGCCUAUUAUUUGUGCAAAAUUACAGUAGGAGAGAAUACUGAAUCAAUUUGAAGGAAGUUAAAAGCAAUCAAAAGACGAGAGAGGAGGGCACAUAAGAUUUGAAGAAUUUUACAUAAUCUUUUUCACAAAUCAAAUGCUCAUUGUAAG